AUGCCAGCUGGGUGCAGUUUUGGAAAUGUUCCUCCCGUGAAUGGAGGCACCAUGAACAUUUGGGAAGUGAUUCUGGCUUUCUUGAUUGUGGUGCUCAUCCUUGUGUCGUUGCUGUCCAACGUGCUGGUGCUGAUCUGCUUUUUAUACAGUGCAGAUAUCCGCAAGCAAGUCCCGGGAUUGUUUAUCCUCAACCUGACCUUCUGCAACUUGUUGAUGACUGUUUUGAACAUGCCCCUGACCCUGGCUGGGAUCAUUUACAAGAAUCCACCGGGAGGAGACCAACUUUGCCAGAUCGUGGGUUUUCUUGAGACUUUCCUGACCACCAACUCCAUGCUGAGCAUGGCAGCUCUCAGCAUAGACAGGUGGAUCGCUGUGGUGUUUCCGCUGAACUACCAUUCCAAGAUGCGCUACAAAGAUGCUGCUCUCAUCCUGAGCUACACGUGGUUGCAUUCGGUGUCCUUCCCGAUAGUGGCAACUUCUCUUUCUUGGGUGGGCUUCCAUCAUCUUUAUGCCUCCUGCACCCUGUACAACAAGAACCUGGAGGACAGGGCACAGUUCAUGAUCUUCACGGGGGUAUUUCAUUCCCUCAGCUUCCUCCUCUCCCUCAUAGUUUUGUGUUUCACAUAUUUAAAAGUACUGAAGGUGGCACGCUUUCACUGUAAAAGGAUUGACGUGAUAACUAUGCAGACCCUCGUGCUGCUUGUGGACAUCCAUCCCAGUGUAAGAGAGCGAUGUUUAGAAGAACAGAAGAGGAGGAGACAACGAGCAACCAAGAAGAUCAGUACAUUUAUUGGCACUUUUAUACUUUGUUUUGCACCAUAUGUAAUCACAAGACUGGUAGAAUUAUCUAUAGUCUCCAUCAAUGUACACUGGGGAGUCAUUUCCAAGUGUUUGGCCUAUAGCAAAGCUGUUUCUGAUCCCUUUGUGUACUCUUUGUUGCGACACCAGUACAAGAAGACCUGGAAGGACAUAAUAAACAAGAUGCUGAAAAGAAGUUCAAUAAAUUCAUCAGCCCUUACAAGUGAAUCACAAAGUCGAAAUAUUUUGCAAGCAAAUGAAUGA